AUGUCUAAGAUCACAUCCCCCUUCAAUAACCCAAUCUCCUUCGCCUCAUGCUCCAUUGGCCUGCCUCGACACACCCUCGAAGACAAACUGUCAGCAAUCUCCGCCGCCGGCUUCAACGGCAUUGAACUCUCCUUCCCAGACCUCCAAUCCUACGCCACGCGACACCUUAAUAAGGGCGACAUCGCCGCAGAUGACUACCCCUCCCUCUGUGGAGCCGGCGAGCUCAUUCGCGACCUAUGCGCACAGCUUAACCUCCAAAUCAUGGUCCUACAGCCCUUUGCGAAUUUCGAAGGAUGGCCUAGGGGCAGCAAGCAGCGAGAAGAAGCGUUCGAGCGCGCAAGAGGGUGGAUGGAGAUCAUGAGCGCUGUGGGGACAGAUAUGCUGCAGGUCGGAUCGUCGGAUUCGCCGGAUAUCACGUCGUCUAUCGGAGACCUUGUAGCCGACCUCGCUGAGCUAGCGGAUCUUCUUGCGACGAGGGGGUUUAGGAUUGCGUAUGAGAAUUGGUGCUGGGCUACGCACGCGCCGUCGUGGAAGGAUGUGUGGAAGAUUGUGCAGCUUGCUAAUCGGCCUAAUUUGGGGCUCUGCUUGGAUACCUUUCAGUCUGCUGGUGGAGAAUGGGGAGAUCCGACGACGGAAUCAGGGCGCAUUGAGACUGGUGGUGUGAGUGAACAAGAUCUCAAGAUGUCGUAUGAGAUCUCACUUCAGGAACUCGCAAAGACGGUCCCGCCGGAGAAGAUCUAUUUCCUCCAGAUCAGCGACGCUUACAAGGUCUCCCCGCCGUUGAACCAACAGCCGGAUGAGAGUGGGUUGAGACCCCGGGGGCGUUGGAGUCAUGAUCACAGACCGCUGCCGUUCGAUGGUGGGUAUCUGCCUAUCUUGCAAUUCUUGGAGGCUGUCAUGAGCACCGGCUUCAGAGGGUGGUUGUCAGUCGAAGUGUUUGAUGGGAAGUUUGAGGAGAAGUACGGGGAUGACCUGUUGGGAUACGCCAGGAAGGGGAGGGACGGGGUCGUCAAGAUGCUGGGCGAGAUGAUUGUUGAUCGGAGUGGCUUCUAA